GCCCCGUUUUCCUGGCACUCCGCUCAUCACGUGAGGCUGAACACCAUGUCCCCAGAGUUGGGGGACAGUGAUGGUGAGGACCUGCCAACCUUUGAUUUCCUGAAGAAGCAGCCCCCAAGCAUAAAAAGUGGCGUCCAAACUCCUCCUCUAGAAGAGAAUGUGGUUGUGCUCUGCAGCUCAGACUCGGAAGAUUCGUCCAUGGCCUCUCCUGCAUGGAAAAAAGCACGUGGCAGCCAGGAUUCGGCGAGGGCUCCCACUUGUCUGAGAGCGAUAGUGCAGCUCAGCAGCGAGAGUGAGGAGGAGGAAGUUAUUCCCUUGGCUGAAAGGCUCAAGAGGAAGCUUUUGACGUCUGAGCCUUCCUCCGCUUGUCCUUCGUAUACUAGGAUCCGGGAACUGAGCAAGCGAGACUCCGCUGGAGGAAACGGACUCUGCUCCAUUGAUGAGAAAGCGGUCACAGAUUGCAGGCAGCUGUCACAGCUACCCAGAGGCCAAGGAACCCAGGGAAGGGCUGUACCCAGUACAUGGGAACUGUCAGAUAGCGACCAGGAAGUGGGUUCAUUGGGUCCCAAGAAACAGACUGUGCUUCGACCGACCGUUUGUGUCUCCGACUGCUUGGUGCAAAACGGCAGCUGUCAGGUGGCAGAGGAAAGCUUGAAACCUUUGCCUCUUCAGACGAAAACAAAGCGCAGCCAGGAGGAACUGGGCAAAGCCCGGCAGAGGAGAAAUGAGCAAGAAACCCAGAAGAUGCUGCAGCAGCAGGAAAGAGAGAGGAGGAAGGCCCUUGCUAACCGGUGGAAGGCCCAGAGGCCAGCAGAGUGUCUGAAACACAUCCAAGCAGUCCUAGAUCCAGGUCUAUUACAGGUUGAAGGUGGCGGGCUGGUGCUUACUGCUCUGCAGGCAAUGGAGUGCAGCUGUGUGAUUGAGAGUCAAGCUGUUCCUUGCAGUAUCGCCUGGAGAAGGAAAACUGGACUAGGUCAGGCUGAAGAAGACAACUGGACAGAAGAACCCAACCUUCUAGUCCUAGUGCUGCUAGAAGAAUUUGUUGCUAUGAUCCAUAACUAUAAACAGGUUAGCAUGGAAGGGCCCACUGAGACUCUGCAGAGCUUUGCGGCAAACGUCAUGAAGAAAACCCCUGGGAAAACUCUGGCCUUGGCUGUAGUAGAACUAGAAAAAUACUUCAGUCUUAAGUCGCGGAAGAAAGUGCAGCAAGCAUUGCAGAGUGGCAGUGAGGCCCAGGAGCAGAGUAAACGGAGGAAUCGGAGAGGAAAGGCAAAUUCCAUCCCAAACCUAUCCAGACUGGACGUGGAAGAAGGCCUGGUGGCUCUGCAGCUUCAGACGGGGGUCCAAGUUCGACUCCUCGAGAGCUGGAAGGAGUUUGCCGACUUUGCCAGUACGUUCACCAAGGCUGUGGCGGAAGCUCCAUUCAAAAGGGAACGAGAUAAAACCAGCUUCUCCUUCUGCCUGGAGGGAGACUGGAUCGGGGGUAUGAAGGUGGACCGCUUUGGAAAGGGACUGCUGCAAGUUUGGAAGAGGCAGAUCCAGCAGUUUAACCGGGUCAGCCUAGAGACAGCUAAUGCCAUCGUGGCCAAAUAUCCAUCUCCUCUACUUCUGAAACAGGCCUAUGACACCCGCUCUUCUCUACAGGAGCGGCACAACCUCCUUGCAGAGAUACCUGUCCGCCGUGGCGAUGGGGUGACGGCUACUACAAGGCGGGUUGGCCCAGAGCUAUCCAAACGGAUUUAUCUGCAGAUGACUUCCCAUAACCCUGACCUUUCCCUGGAUGCUACUGGGUGA